GUCCCCUUUGUUUCUCCUUUACCUUUGUUCAUUCAUAGUCUUUCUUUCUUUAACCUUUCCAACCUAAUCUUUCACUCUCCCCCAAACCCACCAAAUCUCCAUACCUCUAUAUAUCAUCUAUAUAUCUAUAUCCACCUAUGGCUGAUAAUAAUACUAACAACCAAGAAGUAGAAAAUAAUAAUCAACAUAAAACAUAUCUAGUAUUCUUAAACAUCAUGAGCAAACGUCGUACAUGGGUGUUUUUAUUCUUAUUCGUAUACACAAUCUUAUUAUCAUCAUCAUGGAACCUCUUAAAAUCAAUACUCUCAUGGUACCGUACCACUACUUCACAGACAUCCACCACGUGGCCUGCGAUCUACGCCUCCGUGGCAUUAGGUGUAAUGUUUGGCCUCCUAUCGAUGGCCGCUGCUUUAGCUGUGGCUGUUCCUGCGACAGUGGUGACGUGGAUAUCAGUUUUGGUGUUGUUGACUUUUUUUGGGAAACCAAGAAAGUCUUUGGUUGUUGAAGGCAAGAAAUUGACGUCUGAGAUCACAAGGACGGUCGGAAAGAUUUUGAUCAAAGAAGGAAAUUUGGUUGCUGCUGUUUGUGCUAUUUUGGGUUACUUUUUACUUGUUACAACUAAUAGUGGUAGUGCAACUAGUCCACAAGAUUAGAUUUCUUUUUUUCUUUUUUCUUUCUAAAAAAAUUGAUAAUGGAUGGGUUGGUUAUCCAUUUAGUUCUUUCCCACUGGGAAUGUACAAGUUUUUAAUAUCUUUUGUACAAGUUAGUUAGCUUUUUCCCCCCUCACUUUAUUUUGUUAUAUAUGUAUUGUUUUUUUGUAACUUUAUUUAGGACAACGUAAUGUAGGAACAAUAUGAAAGUAGCUAGCAUAUAUUCUCUUCUUGCAUUUGAAGUAAACUCUUCUUUAUUUUAUUUA